UGGAAAUGGAUGGAAAAGAUAAUAGUCAGUAGGAUACCAUGUGUACAAUUGUAAAAUUAUCUAUUAUCAAAUGAAGUAAAAUGGGAAUUGCAUAACUGAAGUCAUAAACUGGGAAGUCAGUCCUUGCUUUCUGAAAUAGUCUUUCACUUUCCAUUUCGACUUUAACUUUGCUCAAAGACAUGCUGCUACACUCUCAAGGAUACUUUGAUGCGAAACAUCAUCAUGACGACGGUGAAAAUGCUUGCAGCCCUUUCGUUUCCCCUCCUUACAUUACUGACCGGUGUGUGUCCCCAGACAGCCAGAAAGAUAUAUGUCAGAACAGGUGAACUGGUGGCGCUGCAGUGCCCUCAUUACAGAGGGUAUAAGCAUAAUGAUAACAAACUGAUCUGGACCAGUUACACCACCCAGGAGAUGAAUCUGACAGCGGAAAAGAGGCCGAUGGGCAUUCUAGUACAUGGCAGUAGCCUUGUGAUUCUCAGUGUUUCUGUUUUCCAUCAGGGGAAUUACUCAUGCUCUCUGGGGAAUGCCAGCAGAAAGUUCUGGUUCACGCUGACCGUAUACAAAACACAGACCAAAGAGUAUGAAGAGAGGACCACGUCCACUAGGACAUGUUACACACAAGAGUCCUGCGCAUUAUAUUGCCCUAGUGUAAAUAUCUCUGCUGCGAAUACCCUGAAUAUUACCAGCAAAGGCAUUAUAUGGCACAAGGAAGGUGAGUCAGUCCCAACUGUUUAUUUUCCAAGUCUGGAAGAGAAAGACCGUGGUGCCUACACCUGUACCAGAUAUUACCAGUACAAUGGUCAAAGAUAUAACAGGACCUUUACAGUAAAACUUGAUGUCCAACCUAACGAUUCUGAAAGAGUUGCUGUGAUCACUUCACCACUCAAGAGUGAAGUAAUUACUGUGGAUUUGGGCUCAACAGUGGUGAUUGAUUGUAAAGCUGUUGUGUAUUCAGACUUUGCUGAUGUGUUCUGGUUAAAUGGGAAGUCAUUUGUGGACUCAAACAACAACUCACGAGUCUUCUACAAUUCUUCACGGGAAUAUUAUAAUGAGGAAACAAAAAUGACAGCAUCACUAGUCUUCAAAAAAGUAUUAGAAGAGGAUCUAUUAAAGAAUUACACCUGUAAACUGGAAACUGACAGCCAACGGCCAAGCUUUGUCACCGUCACCUUGGCCCAAAAAGCUUCUGCUUCGUCCAUCUCCCUGGCUCUCAGCAUCGUGAUCAUCGUUGUGGUGAUUUGUGUAAUAGUAGUUGUUUAUAUAAAGUUGAAGAUGGACAUUGCUCUUUUCCUGCGAGACACUAUUGGUUGCCAUCGCAGCACCUCAGAUGGAAAGACCUACGAUGCCUUUUUGAUGUGUUACAAGAGUGACGCAGAGGCAGGACUAAAUGAAGAUGACAGAAAAUGGCUGGAGAGUGUUUUGGAAGAGAGAUUUGGUUACAGUCUGUGUCUUUAUGAUCGUGUUGUCUUACCAGGAAACGCUGAAGCAGAGGCAGUGUUAGAAUCCAUAGAGCAGAGCCGGACAGUGGUUUUGGUUCCCACCUCUUCAGAUCCUGGUCCAGGAUUUGGCCUGCUGAAAGACAUCCAUGCAGCUCUUGUGGAGUGGCAGACUCACUUGGUUUUCAUCAAAACUGAGACAACAGAAGAGUCGAGACCAGUUUUUUUACCAGAGGCCUUACAACUUCUAAGUGAGGCUGGAAACUGUGUCACCUGGAAGGGCAUAAGCUCCAUACCACCCUCCUCCUCCUUCUGGAAGCAGCUACGCUACCACCUACCUGCCCCACAGCAUGCACAAAAUUAAGCCUUUACCUCAGACAGUUACCCAAGUUAUCGCAUAAUGCAGUAACCCGCACAAUGUUUUCUGUAUCAUACAACUAUACAUAUGUUUGACAUCAGCUGACUUUUGCAGCACUAUCAGAUAUAGGCCACAUCAAAGGCACUUCUAACCUUGUUGCUGAUGCCUUCAUCUUAUUGUCCUAACAAUCCUGGAGUGUUUUCCAGUCCUGCAGUUUCUCAAAAAUGUCAGGUUGUUGAAGGAUUGUUUAAAUUGGUCAGGAUCAAAUGAUGUAAAAGAGGGUGCUAGGCUUUAUUGGCUAGGGUUAUUUGAUGUUAAACAGUCCUCUAAAGUGAGCCUUUAUAAUGUAACAGUAAUGGAUACUUUAAAUCUCGGGGCUAGUGAUAAUAUUUUAUAAAUAUAUUAAAUGUUUCAAUAGAGAUCAUGGUCAUACUAUUUUGUACAUUACAUGUUUUUCUUCUGUGGAAUGUUGUUCUCAUGGAGGGGGUCUGACCUUCCUGUUUGGGUCUUUCCCUUUUAGGAGGGAAAGCAGGAAGUGUAUCACUGAUUAGCACCUGAUAUAGCCCAUCAGGUACAUAAGCGGAAAGAGUCUGUUUCCUUUUUCUUUUUUCUUUUCUUCUUUAAAGUUUUAAAGUUAAUCAAUUAUAAUCAUGCAAAAAUACUAAUUAUGUAAAAAUUUAUUUAUAAAAAAAUAAAUAUUCAUGUUAAUCGAAGCAUUAUUCUGGACACCUUAAUACUUCACAUGCUAUUAAAAAAACAGCAACACAGAGGCUCACAAUACAAGAGUACAUACAACAAUGAUGAAAUGUGGAGUAUUGGUAUUAACACAGACUAUGAAACAUGCAAAGCAGAAACACAGACAUAAAAGCAUGCAAAGUGUACAUCAAUCUAACACAAUAAAAAAAUCACAAUAAUAGACAUGCCUGUGUCACAGGUCACAGGUACAGGUAUUAAAAGAUUGAAAAUGUACAGUGCUGAAGUUCUCCAGAACCAAGAGUGGACCGGAAAGAAUAUAACUGAAUUGUUAAAAAUUUACUUGGAACUUGUAAUUUCAAUCAAUAAAUAUUUUUGAUAUCAACAAUAUGGAAUUAAUAUUCAUUAACUUACUCAACUCAAGAACCUAAUCAGCAGGUGACAUGAUGGUGGCAGUUUAUAUUUCAGCUUUGAUGUUUCCCUGCCACCUGGUGGAUGUAUAAGGAACGUAUCGUCUUUAAAACAGAAUAUACUGUGUUGCCAUAACUGUUAAAUGCCCCCAUCAUCUCCUGUCUGGUGCUGUCAGCCUAUCAUCCAUGACAGCAGUCUGUGAUACAGGUGAUUGGGAUUUUGGUGUAUUGAUCAGACUUAAAAGUAAAAAGAUUAAUUUAUGGCAACACAGUAUAUUCUGUGUUUUAAAGAAAAUCAA